CGCCUCAACACGCGCGCGUUGCAAACCCGCACACCUCAGAAGUGAUGGCCGCGGCCUCCGCCCUCGCGGGCGCGUUCACCAACCUCGCGGUCUCCGCGAAGGUCUCCUCCAAGCGGACGAAUGUCGUCGCGAAGAAGGUUUUCUCCGCGCGAUCUGCGGUCGCCAAGCGCAACCUCACGAUCUCCAACGUCGCGACCGGCCCCAAGGGCCCCGCGACGUCCGCGGAAUCCUCCGACGAGGACAAGAUCUUGGCGGACCAGGGCGCGGGCCAGUACACGAACGUGGACCCCGAGAUUCGAAGGAUCGUCCCCGUCGCGAACGGCCGCGUCGUCGUCAAGGUGGUGUACGUCGUCCUCGAGUCGCAGUACCAGUCCGCGCUCUCCGCGGCGGUGCAGCAGCUCAACGCGAACAACACCCAGGUGUGCUUCGAAGUCUCCGGCUACCUCCUCGAGGAGCUCAGGAGCGAGAAGAACCUCGCGCAGAUGAAGAAGGAUGUCGAGAACGCCAACGUCUUCAUCGGCUCGCUGAUCUUCAUCGAAGAGCUCGCGGAAAAGAUCGUCGCCGUCGUCGAGCCGCUCCGCGCGCAGCUCGACGCGUGCAUCAUCUUCCCGUCCAUGCCCGCGGUGAUGAGGCUGAACAAGCUCGGGACGUUCUCCAUGGCGCAGCUCGGGCAGUCCAAGUCUGCGAUCGCGUCGUUCAUGAAGAAGAAGAAAGAGUCUGGCGGGUUCGAAGAGGGCAUGCUCAAGCUCGUGCGCACGCUGCCGAAGAUCCUCAAGUACCUCCCGUCCGACAAGGCGCAGGACGCGAGGAACUUCAUGAACUCGCUCCAGUACUGGCUCGGCGGUUCCACCGAUAACCUCGAGAACUUCCUCCUGAUGAUCUCCAAGGCGUACGUCCCCGCGCUCGCGGACAUGGAGAUGGAGAUCGCCGAGCCGGAGACGUUCCCGGAGAUUGGCAUCUGGCACCCGACCGCGCCCGCGAUGUACGAGGACCUCAAGGAGUACCUCAACUGGUACGACACGCGCAAGGACAUGAAGUUCGCGAAGGACGCGCCCGUCGUCGGUCUCGUCCUCCAGCGCUCGCACCUCGUCACCGGCGACGAGGGGCACUACUCCGGCAUGGUGAUGGAGCUCGAGUCCCGCGGCGCGAAGGUUGUCCCGAUCUUCGCCGGCGGUCUCGACUUUUCCAUCCCGGUCGAGAGGUUCUUUUUCGACCCGAUCACGAAGGGGGCGUACGUGGACACGGUGCUCUCGCUUACCGGCUUCGCCCUCGUCGGCGGCCCGGCGCGCCAGGAUCACCCCAAGGCUAUCGACUCCCUGAAGAAGCUCAACGUGCCGUACAUGGUGACCGUCCCGCUCUCGUUCCAGACCACGGAGGAGUGGAAGGACUCCACCCUGGGCCUCCACCCCGUGCAGGUUGCCCUCCAGGUUGCGCUCCCGGAGCUCGACGGCGGCCUCGAGCCGGUGAUCUUCUCCGGCCGCGACUCCAAGACGGGCAAGUCGCACUCGCUCCAGGACCGCGCGGCGCAGAUCGCGACGCGCGCGAUCAAGUGGUCCGCGCUUCGCAAGAAGAAGAACGUCGACAAGAAGCUCGCGAUCACGGUCUUCUCGUUCCCCCCGGACAAGGGUAACGUCGGCACGGCAGCGUACCUCAACGUCUUCGGCUCCAUCUUCCGCGUCCUUCAGGGCUUGAAGAAGGAGGGCUACAACGUCGGGAACAUGCCGGACAACGAGAUGGACCUCAUCAACUCGGUGCUCAACGACAAGGAGGCCAAGUUCGCGUCCCCGGACCUGAACAUCGAGCACAAGAUGACCGUCAAGGAGUACGAGAAGCUCUGCGUCUACCAGGAGUCCCUCCACGAGAACUGGGGCCCUCCCCCCGGCAACCUCAACUCGGACGGCCAGAACCUCCUCGUGUACGGCAAGAAGUUCGGCAACGUCUUCAUCGGCGUCCAGCCCACGUUCGGCUACGAGGGCGACCCGAUGCGCCUCCUGUUCUCCAAGUCCGCGUCCCCUCACCACGGCUUCGCGGCGUACUACACGUACAUCCAGAAGGUUUUCGGCGCCGACGCGGUGCUGCACUUCGGCACGCACGGCUCCCUCGAGUUCAUGCCCGGUAAGCAGGUGGGCAUGUCCGGGAACUGCUACCCGGACCUCCUCAUCGGGGACACGCCGAACAUCUACUACUACGCGGCGAACAACCCGUCCGAGGCGACGAUCGCGAAGCGCCGCUCGUACGCAAACACGAUCUCCUACCUCACUCCGCCCGCGGAGAACGCGGGUCUGUACAAGGGCCUCAAGGAGCUCAAGGAGCUCAUCGCGUCGUACCAGGGCCUCAAGGACUCGGGCCGCGGGCCGUCCAUCGUGAACUCGAUCAUCACGACCGCCAUCACGUGCAACCUCGACAAGGACAUCAAGGAGCUCCCCACGGACGCGGACGCCGACGCGAAGGACAUGGACUCGGACACGCGCGACAUGAUCGUCGGCAAGGUGUACCAGAAGCUCAUGGAGAUUGAGUCUCGUCUCCUCCCGUGCGGCCUCCACGUCGUCGGCUGCCCCCCCUCCGCGGAGGAGGCGGUGGCGACGCUCGUCAACAUCGCGGGCAUCGACCGCGAGGACGAGGAGAUUCAGGCGCUCCCGCAGCUCCUGGCGCAGUGCGUCGGCCAAGACAUCGAGACGAUCUACCGCGCGAACGACGCCGGCGAGCUCGCGCAGGUCCAGCUCCUUCAGGACAUCACGGAGGCGAGCCGCGCGAUGAUUGGCGACUUCGUCAACAAGGCGUCCGACCCGUCCGGCCGUCUCGCCGCGGGCGCGCUCGGCGCCUUCGGCAACAUGUUCGGCGGCGCGUCCGUCGCGCUUCCCUGGGGCGACUCCCUCAAGGGCACCAAGUUCGAUAGCAUCGACGUCGCCGCGGGCAGGAAGCUGUUCGACUACCUCCGCUUCUGCCUCGAGCAGAUUGUCAAGGACAACGAGCUCGGCGCGCUCACGGAGGCGCUCAACGGCGAGUACGUCCUCCCCGGCCCGGGCGGCGACCCCAUUCGCAACCCGAAGGUGCUCCCGACUGGCAAGAACAUCCACGCGCUCGACCCGCAGGCGAUCCCGACGUCCGCGGCGCUCGCGUCCGCGAAGGUUGUCGUCGACCGCCUCAUCGAGCGCCAGCGCGUCGAGAACAACGGCGUGUACCCGGAGUCCAUCGCGCUCGUGCUCUGGGGCACGGACAACAUCAAGACCUACGGCGAGUCCCUCGCGCAGGUCAUGCUCAUGGUUGGCGUCCGCCCGAUGCCGGACGCGCUCGGUCGCGUGAACAAGCUCGAGCUCAUCUCUCUCGAAGAGCUCGGCCGCCCGCGCAUCGACGUCGUCGUGAACUGCUCCGGCGUCUUCCGCGACUUGUUCGUGAACCAGAUGAACCUCCUCGACCGCGCGGUGAAGCUCGCGGCGGAGCAGGACGAGCCGUACGAGAUGAACUUUGUCCGCAAGCACGCGGUCGAGCAGGCUGAGGAACUCGGCCUGUCCAUCCGCGAGGCGGCGACGCGCAUCUUCUCGAACGCGUCCGGGUCGUACUCCUCCAACGUCAACCUCGCGGUGGAGAACUCGUCGUGGAACGACGAGUCCCAGCUCCAGGAGAUGUACCUCAACAGGAAGUCCUUCGCGUUCAACUCGGACGCCCCGGGCAGCGGCAUGGAGACGAAGACGGAUAUCUUCAAGUCCGCGCUCUCCAAGGUGGACGUCACGUUCCAGAACCUCGACUCCUCCGAGAUUUCUCUCACGGACGUGUCGCACUACUUUGACUCGGACCCGACGAAGCUCGUCGCGGGCGUGCGUAAGGAUGGCAAGAUGCCCGCGUCUUUCAUCGCGGACACGACGACGGCGAACGCGCAAGUUCGCUCGCUGUCCGAGACUGUCCGCCUCGACUCGCGCACGAAGCUCCUCAAUCCGAAGUGGUACGAGGGCAUGCUCGCGUCUGGGUACGAAGGCACGAGAGAGAUCCAGAAGCGCCUGAACAACACCCUCGGGUGGUCCGCGACGUCCGGGCAGGUUGACAACUGGGUGUACGAAGACGCGAACGACGUGUACAUGGCGGAUCCGGAGAUGCAGAAGCGCCUCAUGGAGACGAACCCGAACUCUUUCCGUAAGAUGGUCGCCAACUUCCUCGAGGCGAACGGGCGUGGGUACUGGGAGACGAGCGAGGAGAACAUCGAGCGUCUCCGCAACUUGUACAUGGAAGUCGAGGACAAGAUCGAGGGCGUCGAGAACUAAACGUCUCUCGACCCCUGGCGAUUCUUCGAUUCUUCAGCUUUCAAUUUUGUACCGCGGUCGGGGGCGCGCGCUUCCGAAAAAUUCUUGUCCAAGGCACAUUAGCCACGACACAGAUCUUCUUUACCAUUCUUUCCUCACAGUCACGCGUAUCCUGAACGACUGUCGUCGUCGGGGCGCUUCGGCGGCGACUUUUUUUCGCCAGCCGGGACGUUCGCGUGAGGGGCAAAAUCUCAAUCAUUUGUGCCUUGUGUAGUGUACAUAGCCGUGCUCAUCACGCACGGCAUUUAAUACAACCUUUAAAAAAAUGAACAAAUACCGUUCG